AUGUGGGUAUGGAAACGCGAAUACCCACUCUCCAACAAAGCCGCCGCGUUUAACGCCAAACUGGCACCGAAGUUCCGCGGGCCCCUCGAGGUGCGCCGAAUUGUAUCACCGGUAAUCGUCGAUCUCCGCGACAAAAGCGGCAAGUGGAGCCGCCAUAUCCACGUACAAGAUUUAAAACCCGCGCCCGCCGCCCCCGCGCCUGACGUCAAUGAAGAGGACAAUGACACCGAGACCGACACCGGCGAAAAUGACAUCGAGGACGACGGCAGUACCGAAACCGAAACCGACAACGAUGAAAACACGGAACCGGGAGAUAACGACAAUAACAACAACGAAACAAAUUCAGAGGACGACGACGGAGCCGAAGAUUAG